CUCCGGAGGCCGGGGGCUCUGCAGUCCGGCCCGCCGCCGCGGACGGCUCGGCUCUCCGGGGCUCCCCGCGCCCAGGCCGGUCAGCCGGGGAGCCCUGCCCCGAGCCCCUCCCGACCCCGGACCCUCCGCUGACCCCCCGGGAUGGCGGACCCCACCGCCCCCAGCUCCGAGACCGCCCGCCUCGUCCCCCCCCGGCCCGCCGGACCGCUCUGCAGCCUCCGACUCCAGAGUCUCUUCUCAGAGCCGUCGGAGCCCCUUCCCGCGGAAUCGGCGGCCCCGGAGCAGCCUCGGCCUCAGCACUGCCAUGGGGCCUUGGCCCCCCAGGCCGGCCCCAGCGCGGAGCGGCUGCGGGCCCGGAAGCAGCUUGGAGCCGCCUGUGCCGUCUGCUGCCUCUUCAUGGCCGGGGAGGUCGUGGGCGGGUACUUAGCGCACAGCUUAGCCAUCAUGACGGACGCGGUCCACCUGCUGGCAGACGUGGGCAGCAUGGCAGGCAGUCUCUUCUCCCUCUGGCUCUCUGCCCGUCCUGCCACACGCACCAUGACCUUCGGUUGGCACCGCUCAGAGACCUUGGGCGCUUUGGCCUCGGUGCUUUCCCUCUGGCUGGUCACUGGCUUCCUCCUCUACCUGGCCUCCCUCCGCCUCCUGCACAGUGACUACCACAUCGAAGGGGGGGCCAUGCUGUUCACCGCGGGCAUCGCUGUCUGUGCCAACCUCCUAAUGGCCUUCGUGCUGCACCAGGCCUCCCCUACGCAUAGCCACGGGGCCGGCGGGGCCGGUUACAUGCCCUUGGAGGAAGGACAAGAAGCACCCCUCCAUCUGGGCAACACCAGCGUCCGGGCUGCCUUUGUGCACGUGCUGGGGGAUCUGCUGCAGAGCUUUGGGGUGCUGGUUGCUGCCACCCUCAUCUACUUCAAGCCGCAGUAUAAGGCCGCCGACCCCAUCAGCACCUUCCUGUUCUCCGCCUGCGCCCUCGGCUCCACUGCCCCCACCCUGCGGGAUGUGCUGCGGGUCCUCAUGGAAGGUGCGCCCCCCAACAUAGGUUUUGAGCCGGUGCGGGACGCGUUGCUGGGCGUGCCGGGGGUCCGGGCGACACACGAGCUGCACCUGUGGGCCCUGACCCUCACCUAUCACGUGGCCUCGGCCCACCUGGCCAUAGACGAGGCGGCGGACCCUGAGGCGGUGCUGGCAGAGGCCUCGUCCCGGCUCCAUGCCCGAUUCGGCUUUGCCAGCUGUACGUUCCAGGUGGAGCGCUACCAGCCUGACAUGGCUCAGUGCCCGCACUGCCAGGAGCCCCUCUAAGCCUGAGCCCCCGGGGCUCCCCAUCCUUCCUCGCUCCUCGUGCCCUCGGGUUCCACCCUCCACUGCCACCCGGCCCGGUCCCGGUCCGACCCAUUCCCGUCUGCGUCUGGGCUGAUCCCGGUCCUCCCCCGCGACCUUCGAGUGCCUGCACCACCCCGUCAGAGGACCGAACCUGGGGCUAACAGGCCUUACGACCCUUGGCCCGCCAGCCCCGGCGGGUGGCACCGACGGGCAGAACCGCGCCCCCCCCCCCCAGCCAUAGGGGGCAGGUCCACACGCCUCACUGGUUAGGACUGCCAGAUGGCAGUCUGGACUCUGCCCUUCUGGGCCCAGGCGUCCGGGCUCAGCUCUCUCCCGUGCCGCUCACCUGUGUGAUGGCUUCUCUCCGUCCGUCCGGGAGGCCGAGGGUGAGAUGUGUCCACCCGCAGGCGGCGGCAGUGCCCCCGCGGCCCUCCACUGCCUGUCCCCGGGGCCCCCGUGGCACCUCCGUGGUUCAUCUGCGCGGUGGUGCUGUGCUCUGUCUGUCCCUGUGUCUGCCUGUCUGUCGGGGCUUUGGUCUCUGCAUCUGCGCUGCCUGUACCGGUGGGUUCCCAAGUGUGCACUGCCUCUCUGUGCCUGUCUCUCCCUCUCACUCUGUCUGCCUCUGUCUGUCCAACUGUGCGGCCUGUGCUGUGUUGGCCCGUCUUGGUGCUGUGCUUUUUGUUGUCCAUCCUAGGUGGAGGGAUGAUCCUGUAACAGCUCCAAUUCAAUAAACUGACAUGGGCUCGUUGUGGGCAGGGAACGUG